UCCGUAAAUGUGUAAAGUUUAGUUACAUACGUAUAUGGUUCAAUUCCAUCUGUUGGUUAUUUCAAACGAAGCCCUAAAACCCCAAAAAUCUACCAAACGGAGCAACAGAGUCAGAGAGCUCGAACGACUGAUAAAGCCCCAAAGUGUAGGUAAAGUUGAUUAUCCUCACAAGGGCUGCCGGAUUUUUCUCCUGCUUGUUCUUCUCUAAAAGGGAGAUAUGGAUCGGCAGCCUCACGAUUAUGCAUCAGCUUCUGCUCUGGCAUAUGCCCAACAACAGCGGCAACCCCCUAACAUACAACAACAGCAGCAGCAGUUUGGGUUUCCUCCACAGCAUCAACAAUUUCCUCCGUCCGUGCACGGUCCUCCUUUCAUGCCCCCACAUCCUUCUCUCCAACAAUUCCCUUAUCACCCCCACCUGCAACAGCAACCACAGCAGCUCCAUCCGCAUCCUCCACCCCAUCCUCACCUCCUCCAUCUUCAGCAGCAACAGCAGCCACCGGCUGGUUUCCCUCCACACUUACCCCCUCCCCUCGUUCCUCCACCUUUUCAUGGUCCAUAUGAUGCACCUCCACCCCCAGCUGCUCCCCCUUCGGAUCCUGAGCUCCACAAACGCAUUGAGAAACUUGUUGAGUAUGCUGCAAAGAAUGGCCCUGAAUUCGAAGCUAUGAUUCGUGAAAAGCAGCAAGAUAAUCCUGACUAUGGUUUUCUCUUUGGUGGGGAUGGGCAUGGUCACUACCGUUACCGGCUUUGGUUAGCUACACAUCCUCCAGGUGGCCCCUUCAAUCCUCCUUUUCCAUCGUCUUCUAUACCUAUGAUGCAUCCUCCUAAUCCUAUGAUGAAUCCAUCUCCUUUAAAUGCUCCUCCAAUUAAUGCCGCAGCUGCAGCUGCUGGGGUUUCAGCUUCAAUGAUGGGUGCUCCUCAAAUGCACCAACCUCCUUUUGCGCCAUUCUACGACCAACAGCAAAUGCAUCCUCAGCCUUUUGGGAUUCAUGGUCGGCCAGAUUAUGACCAGACAUCCAAGUCUUUCAGAGGUCUUUCUGGACCACUUCCAUCUGAUGUUGCCAUGGAGCUCAAUAAUGUGCUUAAUAAUCUUAAUGGUACGAAAGAGUCAAUUAAGGGGGCUAAAAAUUGGUUCAUGCAGAGAUCUCCUUUUGCACCGGCUCUGGCUGAGGCACUGAGAGACAGGAUUUUUGUCUUAGAUGAUUCUGAGAGGCAACUGCAUAUAAUAUAUCUUGCCAAUGAUAUUCUUUUUGACAGCUUGCAACGGAGGACAAGCCCUGACGUUGAUAAUGAAGCCCUUGCAUUCAAACCUGUUUUAGGUUCCAUGCUUGGGAGGAUUUAUAACAACCCUCUAAAUAAGGAGGAAAAUCAGACAAGGUUACAGAAAAUUUUGGAGUUGUGGGCUUCCAAAGAUAUCUAUGAUCAGAGUGCUAUUGAGGUGCUUAAGAGUGAGAUGAUUGGUGGAGCAACAGCUAAUUCCUUUUCAGGGCCUCCAGCCACCAGUGGUUCAGUAGAUCCAGCUGCUGGAUUUCCACAGCAAACGUCAAACCUCAAUAUCCAACAAUGGCAACCUGAUAGGAUUUUACCAGAUCAAGACCAUCAUGAUAAACAUGCCUCUGCCCAAGCCAUGCCACCAUCUUUGGCUACCCAGCAAUUUCUCCCAAAUUCAGUCGCUGCUGGUGCUUUUGUGGGAUCUAUGGCCAUACAAUCUUCUGUUCAAUUAGCGAACCAACAACCUGCACCCCAUUUAUUGCCGGGUACGACUGCUACCAGUGGUGAAAAAUUGCCACCAUAUCCUUUGUUUCCACCUGGUCUUAUUCCUGGAAUGGUCAGAAAGAUGCAGAUCGGUAGUGGGGUGCCCUACUCUCCCAUGAGCCCUUUGGACAUACCUACUGUAAUACCUCCAUCCAAUGUACCUCAAUCUGAAGUUCUUGAGAGUGUGUCAAAAUUCUUCAAAGAUAUUGGAGAGGUGAACCCUUCUGAAGGACCCAUUACUUCCGAUUCAAGAGAUGAAGAUGAUGAAUAUGAGAGAGAACCUCCAGUACGAAAGGGAGGGGCUUGCAUCCCACCUCCCCCAAACCUGCAGGUGGACCCAGAGACGGGAGCUUAUGUUGAUGGAAGUGUAGAUCGGAAAACAGGAUCAGGCAGGCUGGGACUUGGGGCCACAGCUAACCCAAAUGAAUCAAGUCAAUAUGAUGAUGUUUAUUCUUCUUACAGGAAACAAAGAAGCACCACGUAUCACUCAUCCAUGAGUGCGAGAGCUGCAGCGAGGUAAGACGUGCAAUUAUUUGUCAUCAAAGAUUGGAAGAAAAGGGUAGCUGAUGACUUUUUCGUCGAUCACUUUACUUUGCCAGUAGGCUGAGUUCAAAUGGCAAUUUGAUGUGGAGCGACAAACUUGGUCAAUCUAUGGUGCCAUUUAGAUUUUUCAUUUUGAGAAAUGUUGAUACCACAGUCUAGGGUGCCAUCUAGAAUUUUGAUUCUGAGAAAUCAUAAUGCUUGCUUGUACUAACCAUGUUGUGUUGUAAACAUGCUGACAUAUUGGGAAGCUUUAUUUAUAUUAUACAAACUUCCUUUUUCAUCUUA